UAAAUUACUCAGAAAAACAAAUAAUUGCUCUGAAAAACACAAAAAAUUACUCAGAAAAACAAACCAAAAAAAAAAUGACUCAGAAAAACAAACCAAAAAAUAAAAUUUAAAGUGAAUACAAUACACUCUGGUAGUUCAGCACAGUGACACUCGCAAACACACGUUGACAGUUUGCAGCAACAGCUUUGACAGCGUGUUGAACGAGCUUUAUUUUGAAGGCGCGGUCGCUCUCUCUUCCUGCCUUCCUUCAGCAGCGGGUUGCAAAUGUGACGUGAACAUGGAUGUGACAAGCGCGGCUAGCUCGCUGGCUAGCAAGAGACUUUAACCCACUUAACCUAAGUGACACAACUCAAGAACUACUCUAUGUAAGAUGAACACUGAGGACAAGCUGGAGGGUAUGCUGCUGAAGUGCAGCAGCGGAGGAAUAGAUGGAGGAGGGAGGGUCGGGCUGGUCAGCGGCGGAGGACUGGUGGUGAUGACUCUGGGGGAGCGGUCGCUGGCGAACCACCCUCUGCUGGCCGAGGACGAUGACGACGAAGACGAGGACGAGGACUUGACUGGGAGCUCGCUGGUGACACACGACCUGGUCCCUCCGGAGCAGCUGAUGAUGCAGGAGGAGAUGACAAAGAAUGGUGGAGGGGGAGGAGGAGGAGGAGGAGGAGGAGGAGGAGAAGAGGAGGGAGGAGGCGAGGUGGGAGUGCAUUUCCCCCUAAAACUCACCAAUAAGUUUCCCUGCUUGCUUCAUAUGCCAUUGAGCAUCAAGCAGGAACUGAAGCAGUCUGAGCCAUCGGCCCAGAUAAAGAAGGACAAAAAAGGAGUUAAAGACCUGAUGGUGUGUCCCAAGAAGAAAAAAAGAAAGCAGCGUUCGCCAGCGAAGGUGCAAAUUCUCAGCAUCAAUGAUGAUGGAUCAUUGGGCAUACAAAACCCCAAGUGUCACGUCUGUGUGCACUGCAAUGCUGCAUUCAGAACCAACUACCAUCUACAGAGGCACGUCUUCAUUCACACUGGUGAGAAGCCAUUUCAGUGCAGCCAGUGUGAUAUGCGCUUCAUUCAGAAAUAUCUUCUCCAGAGACACGAGAAAAUCCACACUGGUGAAAAGCCCUUUCGUUGUGAUGAGUGUGGGAUGAGGUUCAUCCAGAAGUACCACAUGGAGAGACACAAAAGGACUCACAGUGGAGAGAAGCCCUACCAAUGUGACUACUGUCACCAGUACUUCUCCAGAACAGACCGGGUCUUAAAGCACAGACGAAUGUGUCACGAGAACAGAGAGAGAAAGGCCAACAAGGCAGCUGGUAAAGUUGGGCCUUUGCGUGAAGCCGAUUCUUUAGGCCUCCCCUUUCUCGCCAAAGAGUGCUCACUGCCCAAGAAAAAGCGCCAAAAGUGUGCAGACAAGAGUUCAGGCGCUUCCACUGCUCCCCAGACAGAAGGGCACACUGUCACUGUCGUAGAAACGGAGGAGAAGGACGAGCAGAGACAGAAUAAAAUUGACGGUCUACCUCUCUAUGCUGUGUCCUCCAAAGUAAAACACGAGUAUGUGAUCGCAGGCUACUCUGUGGAACUUGCUGAAGAAACGGGUAGCCAACACCAAGAGGGAGAAGUAUCAUCAGAAGACACAACUCCUCCAAAACUAGUUCUGAAGAAAGUCCCUAAGAGGAGUCUUAAACAGUCCAAUGAGCAGACCCCCCCCUGCCUGUCCACUUUGUCUUCCUUUGAGGAAAAUACUAAGGUCACGCAGUACACCUUUGAAAUCGUGGACAAGCAAGGCCUUUUAGACGUAGAAAGCAACACUGAACUCGAGUCAGUUGAGACUCUUCAAGGAGGACCAGCAAAGCCAGCAGCCAGCAGCACAAACUACGACGACGCCAUGCAGUUUGUCAAGAAGAAGCGUUAUCUUCAGGCAGCAAUGGCCAACAACACUCGGGAUUACAACCUGAACACGAGCAGCAUUUCUUCUCAGCCGCCUGUCACGCAGACUGUGGUGUCGACCGUCAUCGACGAAACUGUCCCCGCCACCAUCCUGGAGCCCCAGCCCAUCAACGCGGAAAUUAAAGCGUCACAUGACAAGAACGUGCUGCCAGACGAGGUCCUUCAGACGCUGUUGGAUCACUACUCCAACAAAGCCAACGGGCAAUCCGACAUUUCCUUCAGUGUGGCUGACACAGAGGUGACGUCAAGCAUAUCUAUUAAUUCCUCUGAUGUGUCAGACAGCAGCCCGGUGGAGAAUAUGGGAGCCUCUAGUGCCCAGGCUCAGCCAGCUACCGAGAAGGUCAGCCUCUUGCAAGAGUACUCCAAGUUUCUCCAGCAAGCACUGGAGAGGACCAGCCAGAACGACAGCUACCUGACCAGUCAAAGCCUCAGCCUGGUCUCCGAAAACCCCACCUUAGCUGGACAACCUCUGUUCUCCACCGAGAAACAGUUUCCUUCCCCCAGCAGGUUCAAAUCAGGGAUGAGCUCUCCGCUAAGGUCCACUUUAGAGAAACCUCACUUUGGAUUACUGGUCGGGGACUCCCAGCACUCAUUUUCAUUUUCAGGUGAUGAGACCACCCCUCCCUCCGCAGUGUCCCCAGCUGAGGAGGACUUUCUGGAGCAAGUCUCGCCCUCCAAAAAGACAGACUCUUCGCAAGGCAUACUGCAGACUUUUCAGAUAAGCUCCUUCGAUCAGAACUUCAAAUCUCAUUUCCAGGCAUCGAGGUCUGGAUCCUCUUCACAGUUUACUGUUGCCAAUGGACAAUUAAGUCUCAGAGGACACAGCACAGACUUCUCAGAGUUCCCUUUAGUCAGAGUCACUGAGACCAGGUCUCAAUUGAACUCCUCCCCUGAUGUUUCAUCCAGUGAAACCUUUGGCUGAAGGGGUGGGGGGGAGGGGGUAUUCAUUUCUGUUUAUAAUUUCGCAGCAGCACUUUAUCUCAUGUCUCCUGUUUUGCCAAAACAAGUCCCAUUGCAACUAUGUGCUCUUUCUCAAAACAUCUUGUUAAAAAAACAUACUAAUGUCGUGGGUUUUUUUUGUUUUUUUUUAAGCGCAACCUCAU